AUGGCACAGGUGAGAACAUUGCAGAAAGCCAUGGCCCUAUCUACUAACAACAUAGCUUCUCUAAAUGACUCGGAUACUCGCCUGGCAGGCUGCUUGCUCACAGGCAUCCCUGGGCUGGAGUACCUACACAUGUGGCUCUCCAUCCCCUUUUUCACCAUGUACAUAGCUGCACUGGCAGGCAACGGCAUCCUGAUCUGCAUCAUUGUCUCCCAACCAAGCCUUCAUGAGCCCAUGUACAUCUUCCUGUCCAUGCUGGCCAGUGCUGACAUCCUGCUCUCCACCUCCACCAUGCCCAAGACACUGGCCAAUUUCUGGUUUGGUUCCAGCCAUAUUUCCUUUGAUGGCUGCCUCACACAGAUGUUCUUCAUCCACUUCCUCUUCGUGGCUGAUUCUGCAGUCCUGCUGGCCAUGGCCUUUGACCGCUAUGUGGCCAUCUGCUCCCCUCUGCGGUACUCCACAAUCCUCACAAGCAAGGCCAUUGGGAAGAUCGCAACCGCCACCCUGACCCGCAGCUUCAUCAUCAUGUUUCCAUCCAUCUUUCUCCUCAAGCGCCUGCACUAUUGCAGGAACAACAUCAUUGCACACACAUUUUGUGAACACAUGGGCAUUGCCCGUCUGUCCUGUUCUGAUAUCUCCAUAAAUGUCUGGUAUGGGUUGGCAGCUGCUCUCCUCUCCACAGGCCUGGACAUCAUCCUUAUUGCUGUUUCCUAUGUCCACAUCCUCCAAGCUGUCUUCCGCCUCUCUUCCAGAGAAGCCCGGUCCAAAGCCUUCAGCACCUGUGGAUCCCACGUCUGUGUCAUUCUACUAUUCUAUGUCCCUGCCCUCUUUUCCGUCUUUGCCUACAGGUUUGGUGGGAGAUUCAUACCAGGCUAUGUCCAUAUCCUCCUGGCCAAUCUCUAUGUGGUCAUCCCACCUAUGCUUAACCCCAUUAUUUAUGGAGUAAAAACCAAACAAAUUUGGGAAGGGGCUAAGCAGAUGUGUUUAAAUCUUGCCAAGGAAUCUACAUAA